ACGUCUGGUCUGGAGACGAGUGUUGUCUGCUGCCGCCUCUACGUUGUUGACGCUUUGAGUUUCAAUAUCUAAUUCAGUUUAUAUCAUCUUAUUAUUACAUUAACGACUCGCAACUCGCGUAACACAACUGCAAAGAUGAAAUGGAUGUUUAAAGAAGAUCAUUCUCUGGAGCACAGGUGUGUGGAGUCGGCCAAAAUCCGCAACAAGUAUCCAGACAGAGUUCCUGUUAUAGUAGAGAAAGUAUCUGGUUCACAGAUUGUGGAUAUUGACAAGCGGAAGUAUUUGGUGCCAUCUGACAUCACAGUGGCUCAGUUUAUGUGGAUCAUCAGAAAGCGAAUCCAGCUUCCUUCUGAAAAAGCCAUAUUCCUGUUCGUCGAUAAAACUGUCCCUCAGUCCAGUCUGACGAUGGGACAACUGUACGAGAAAGAAAAAGAUGAAGACGGCUUUUUGUAUGUGGCAUACAGCGGAGAGAAUACGUUUGGAAAUUAAGAUCUUUGCAUCUUCCCGCCCAUCCCACACAUCACGCAAUGCUUCAGUUUCUUUUGGACUUGCUCGAUUGAUCUGAGGUUGGAAACGGGAUGAAAGAUUCAUUUGUGACAUAAUCACAUACCUUUAGUGUCACGCAUUAUAUUGUGCUCUGAAAUAUUAGAAUGACUCUGUUAGUUAAUAUUCUCUUUUUUGUGAAUGGUGUUGCAGUAUUACUACAGAUGCUUAAAGAAAAUGACAACAUAUACUUACUUUAAUUGUUUUAAUUUAUAUGUAUUUUUCCCCUGUAAAUUAUAUAUUUAAGAUAAUUGAAAGGUAAGGUAGCUGGAUGACCUCACCAAUAAAAACAAAACCAAACAAAUUUGUUC